CUCCGCAACCCCAGCGCGCGAACCCGAGGACCGUUCUAUCCCCAUCCACGACCCAGCUCCGGCUGCUCGACCAACCCCCGCAUAAAAACACGCACACGGCGACGCAAUCACAAUCGCAACCCCCACCACAGUCAUCCUCCACCGCCGCGCAACAAUGUCCUACACAUUCUCCAUCCUCUCCCCCCUCGACGUCCCCCUCUUCACCCACGACUUCGGCACCUCCCGCUCCGGCGGCGACGGCCUAAGUCGCUUCACGCCCGCGGAGCGCCCCCUGCUCCCCUUCAUCCUACAUUCCGCACUCGACAUCCUCGAGGAAGUGCAAUGGGGCCCGUCGACAUCCUCAGGCAGCGCACCCAUGUACCUCAAGCACAUCGACAAGUACGGGUACUGCUACAUCUCGUGCUGGAUCACGGGGGGCAACACGCGGUUCCUGCUGCUGACGCGGCCGCGGGACGAGAGUCUGGGGCUGACGGGGGGAGGCGGGCAGCGGGGUAGUUUGGCCGGUGGGAGGGUCAGUGGGAGUGGGGGGGUGUAUAAUCCGACGAGUCCGGCGACGGAGGAGGCGGUUAAGAAUUUCUUUGUUGAUUGCUAUGAGAGCUGGUGUAAGACGAUUAUGAAUCCGUUUUUUGCGGUCGGGAAUGGGGAGGUGGUUAAGAGUCCCGUGUUUAGGGCGAGGGUUGCGGCGGCGGCGAAGAAGUAUCUUUGAAGAUGGGUGGGCUUGGUGGAUUAUUGAGUCAUUGCGUCGUUCGUGUGGAUGGGGGUAGGGAGGUGGUGGACACGUUGCGGUUCAGUCUGCUCUACAUCGCAUCACUACAAGACGUGUAAGCUUCGCACGGCCAUGGAAUACAUGAGGAUCCGAGCGAGACCUCAGAACAAACAUCACGACAAGACUAGCACGAAGAAUGAGUCUACGGUGUACAUCUCGUCGAACACGAGGAGCCUAGUAUGCGACGCCGCUUCAUGAGCAGAAUUCAUCUUCCACGUUCGGCGAGGCGUCCAGACCGAUCAGAUGGAAGAUCUGCACAACCCAACUGUCACAAUGUUCAAGAGCAUGGAUUUGGGGUCACGCAUGUACGGAGGGGGACAUGGCUAGCGAAUAUGAGGGCAAAGAACUCGAUACGUGGUAUCGUAGCAGCUGGGGCAGAGGAUGAAUGAAGAACGUAGUAUAUAAAUGCAGAUACCAUAUCGUAAAAUCGUCGCCAC